GAGACCAUAUGGUACAGCUUUCAUGUGGUGCAGGUUUUGGCCGGCCAAACCAUUGCCAAUGACAUAUGUAUAGAUGGAUGAAACCUCACCAACGUUAAAAACUGUGUCCUAAUUUUUGACAUUUACUGCGGUGGUGAUGGAGACUUUGAGCUUCCAUUCAUUGAAAGUUGCAGUUUUAUUAUUGUUGUCAUGGUUUCUACAUUUAGCAGCAGCAGCUUACACUAAGCAUAUUGGUGAAGCUGCAAUAGGUGAUGGUAUUCAGCCGCUCUCCAAGAUUGCUAUCCACAGGGCUCUCUACGAGCUUCACGACAACGCCUCCGUCUCAGCAAAGCCUCUCCUUCUUGGCACCAAGGGUGCAGAUUCUGAAUGGGUAACAGUACAAGUUCAAUUCUCUAAGCCUUCUGAAGAUGAUUGGCUAGGAGUUUUUUCUCCUGCAAAUUUCAACUCAUUCACCUGUCCACCAAAUGAUGAACGACAACAAACUCCAAAUAUCUGCUCAGCUCCAAUUAAGUACAAGUUUGCCAAUGAUUCCAAUCCUGAAUAUGUAAAGAAAGGCAAAGCAUCUUUGAAGUUUUUGCUGAUCAAUCAACGCGAAGAUUUUUCAUUUGCGCUAUUCUCAGGCGGGUUGUCAAAUCCAAAACUGGUGGCAGUUUCCAAUGUUAUAAAGUUUGCGAAUCCAAAAGCACCACUUUAUCCACGUCUUGCUCAAGGGAAGUCUUGGAAUGAAAUGACAGUAACUUGGACAAGCGGCUAUAACAUUAAUGAAGCUUUACCUCUAGUUGAGUGGGGUCUCAAAGGACAAAUUCAAACUCAAACUCAAACUCAAACUCAAACUCCAGCACAAACAAUGACUUUUCAUCGAAACAGCAUGUGUGGUCCACCAGCAAGGACAGUUGGUUGGCGCGAUCCUGGUUUCAUUCAUACAAGUUUCUUGAAAGAUUUGUGGCCAAGUUCUUUGUACUCUUACAAGCUUGGUCAUAGACUACUUAAUGGUAGCUUUAUCUGGAGCAAGUCCUAUUAUUUCAAAGCAUCACCAUCUCCAGGGCAGGAAUCAUUGCAGCGUGUCAUUAUAUUCGGAGACAUGGGAAAGGCAGAACGUGAUGGUUCAAAUGAGUACAGCAACUAUCAACCAGGCUCCCUCAAUACCACAGAUCAACUUGUCAAGGAUUUGGAUAACAUUGACAUGGUUUUUCACAUUGGUGAUAUCACAUAUGCAAAUGGAUACAUCUCACAGUGGGACCAAUUCACAUCGCAGGUGGAGCCUAUUGCAUCAACUGUGCCAUAUAUGAUUGCAAGUGGAAAUCAUGAAAGAGAUGUGCCGGGGACAGGUUCCUUUUAUGAUAAUAAUGAUUCUGGUGGUGAAUGUGGUGUUCUUGCUGAAACCAUGUUCUAUGUUCCUGCUGAGAACAGAGCUAAAUUCUGGUAUUCAACAGAUUUUGGGAUGUUCCAUUUCUGUAUAGCAGACAGUGAACAUGAUUGGAGAGAGGGUUCUGAGCAAUACAAGUUCCUUGAGAAGUGCCUUGCAUCAGCAGACAGGAAGAAUCAGCCAUGGCUGAUCUUUGCUGCCCAUCGUGUUCUUGGCUAUUCCUCCACAUAUUGGCAGGAUGGCUCAUUUGGAGAGCCAAUGGGAAGGGAAAGCUUGCAAAAGCUAUGGCAGAAAUACAAGGUGGACAUUGCAUUCUUUGGCCAUAUUCAUAACUAUGAGAGGAUUUGCCCCAUUUACCAGAACCAAUGUGUAAACACGGAGAAAACUCACUAUUCAGGCACAGUGAAUGGAACAAUCCAUGUUGUUGUUGGAGGUGGAGGAAGCCAUUUAUCAGAUUUUGGACCAAUUCAGACAAGUUGGAGUAUUUACAGAGAUUCUGAUUAUGGUUUUGUGAAACUAACUGCAUUCAAUCAGUCAUCUCUUCUGUUUGAAUACAAGAAGAGCAGUGAUGGAAAAGUAUAUGAUUCGUUCACCAUCUCAAGGGACUACAAGGAUGUCUUGGCCUGUGUCCAUGACGGUUGUGAACCUACCACUUUAGCUACAUGAAAGUUUUUGUCAUUUUACAUUUUUCCCCUCAUUAUAAAUAAACGUAUUUGUUGAAAAGAAAAUGGACUUUUAUAACUAAGUCAUGAAUAAUUGAAAUUAUAAGUUAUAAAAUUUUCCUUUUCUUCAGUUAA